GGCCUUCUGCUGCACCGCCGCCCUCUCCUGGAAUCGCGCCGCCGCCGCUGUGACUAAGGUGCGCCGCCGCCCUUUUUUUUCUCCGUUUCGUGCAGUGCCGCCGGCCCCUGACUUCUUCUGCCCCUUCCCUCCAAUGACUUCGAGCAGAUCUGCAGCACCGCCGGCCGCUAGUGGCGCCCUUGCCGUCCCCUACCUGGAGCAGCUCCGCACGGCCUCCGUGAACCCCCUGUGCGGCGCCCCUAAGCCAAGAUGGAAAAAUCAGGAAAGGUUGUAGCAAAAUGGGAUUCCUUUGCUGCCAAAGUUUUCAAUGAUAUCUGCUGCGAAGAAGUUCUUGCCCACAAUCGCCCUCAACAAUGUUUGAACAAUGUGGGAUAUGCAAAUCUGGUUCGGAAAUUUUAUGAACGAACCAAAAGGCCAUACACUGAAGGGCAAAUGAAGAACCGAUGGAAUGUACUGGAAAAAAAGUAUACACAAUGGAAGACCUUAAACUUGAGAGCCACUGGAUUGGGAAGGGAUCCCAAUACUGGUUGUAUUGUUGCUGAUGAUGAUUGGUGGAAGGAACAAGAAAAUGCCAUGCCAGGAUGUACUUCUAAUUUUAGAUUUUUACCAUUUGAGCAUGAGGACCAAAUGAGAAUAAUGUUUGAAGCUGUUAUAGUUACAAAUGAGACCUCUUAUGUUCCAACUGGGCAUGGCAAUGAUGAUGAAAUUGGGGAGGGUGAUGUUGCCGGAAAUGAUGUUGCUGGUAAUGAUGAUGGAGAGAUAGGUGGGAUUGGAACUAGUACAGAGAGGAGAGCAGGAAAAAUGGCUGCACAUCACUCACCUAAGGGAAAGAAGAAGAAGACUUUCAGAGACCAAUGCAUGAAGCAGUUCUUGAUUCCAUUAUGAGAUUAGCUUUUGAUAUUGUGAGGCCAAAAGAUCCACAUUUUGGUACAAUCCAUCCUAGACUGCAAGAAGCAAGGUUCUGGCCGCAUUUUGAAGAUUGCAUAGGUGCAAUAGAUGGUACUCAUAUACCGGUAACUGUGUCAUUAAGUGAGCAACCCAAAUACAUUGGUCGCCAUAAGUAUGCCUCACAAAAUGUGAUG